AUGAAAAGUAUUGUAUUUGUGGUACUGCUUGUAUUAGCAGCCAGUAAGUUUGAUUUAUUGUUUUUAUUGUUAUGGUAAGCGGAAUAGGGUAGGAUAAUGCAAGACAAGGAAGGAACUUCACAGUUUGGGUAGGGUAAGGUAGAGUAGCGUAAAGUAGGGUAGGGUAGAAUAAGGUAGGGUAGGAUAAGAUUGAGGUAAGGCUUGAAAUGCACUAGUAAUGGCCAUUAGCAGGGCCGGGCGGGGACUUUUGGUCUCGAGGGCGGGGGUCGAAAAAAUCCACAGGGGGGACCACGUUCAACUUUUUUCGAAUUUUUUUUUGGGGGUCCCCCCCUUUUUCUUUAUUUUGUUAAUUUUACCAUAUUCAGUUGUGGCUGAAGCCAAGAAAUCAGAAUAUCUGAAAAGUUUUCGUGACAAUGAAGAUACCAGACAUAAAGGGAUGCGUAUACGCGGGAAUCGUCACUCUUUAAACGGCAAACUCAAUUUUAAAACUGUAGCUAAGAGGGCUGCAGAUGAAUUAAGUUCGUAUUUCUCAGAUGAAGAAGAAGAUCCGCUCAGAUUUGGAAGAAGUGUUAUUGAGUAUAGCCAAUGA